AGUCGGUUUAACAUUCUUAUCUUGUAGAUAGUUAUAUCAUAUAUAAAAAUGUCCGAAAACAUCCAAGCCGGAUAUUUAUAUUUUCUUAGUGAAAAGUUUGAUAACAAUUUUAGACAUUUAGCUUCUCCUAUAAAGGUAGCCUUCAUUUCUGGGGUUGUAGUGGGUUUCGCUGCUGGCUGCCUUACGAUGACUUGCAAAGAUAAAUUGUGGGAUACACUAUCAGCGCUGAAAAGGAGUUUGACUAAAAGCCCGGCAAUACCUAUGCAGCCGCUAGACGGCACAUUCGAAGUGAAUAAAAACGAAAUACUCCAACUCCUGACAAACAUUUUUAGAAAUGGCAACGGUCGUUUUAAUCGUCUCAGGCAAGAUGUAGGGUGCACUGAAGAAAUCGCCGAAAAUAACAUUGAAAGUCUGAUGAUCAAUGUUUCCAGGAACCUGAUGACAGAUUACAAACCAGAAUUUGGCAUCGCUAAUUUCUUUGCAAAUGUAGUAAAGUUUGUGCAGACUGAACAAGACAUUGAACAAGCCACGCUUAUGGAAUUAGAAAAGAAAGCAAACGAACUUACGAGACUUUGCUUUGAAAAGGAUAUUUUAAUGAUACACGGAGAGGGGGAUUCUGAGCUUGCACAAAAUAUCAAAACAGGUGUAGAAAAGUGGAACAUCAAAAUGGAUCUUGAAUCCGAGGUUGGAAUUGGACAGACAGUUUUCUCAAGUUUAAAUGAUGCCUUUGACAAAUACAUGUUCGUGUUUGUCAUUGUAACCAUCAAUCUGAAAAAAGACGGGAUUAGACAGUAUCUAUGUGAAGGGCAGUUACUGGAAUCUUUAUGUGAAAAGAAAGGUAGAUUGGUACCAGUCCAAAUAGAAGGAAACCAGGAGAACAAUCCCGUCUACCGAGUAAUCAAACCAUGGAAGUACAAAAAUGAUCAGUCAAUAAAUAAUUUGGUUGCUCUUGUACAAAAAAGUACACAAAUGGUGUUUCCAUCAAUCAAUUAACCAAAGAUGCUGCGUAGAUGACAUUAUUUGUGAAAUAGAUGCAAAUAAUAAACAUUUUUUACGAACGGGCCUAGCCAGUGUUUGAAUUUAAUGAAACAAUACAAAACACUUUUCAAGAAAUAUGGACACUUAAAAAAUACGCAGAUUGCAUAUAUUUAGUUUAAAUUCAAAACCGAGUUAAAACAACUUGUGUUUAACCGAUAUUAUUUACAUUUUUUUUGUACUAUGAAGUGCAUUAUAAGUAUGAGAGAGAGAGAGAGAGAGAGAGAGAGAGAGAGAGAGAGAGA